AUGGAAGAAGAAACAACUAGCGCUAAUACUAGUUCAAGUUCACAUGGGACAAUGUUUUUAAAUUUUAUUAAUGGUAAUUAUGAAUGUAUCAAUUCGAAUGAGGAUGAUUAUUUGUUGGACAAUGAUAACGAUAACGAUAAUUCAAGCUUUAUUAGUGAAAGUCUUGCAUCUGAAAAAUUUGGUACUGAGAGUACUACAAAUGAUCGUGAUUGUGAAAUGGAAAUAUGCCCAUUCAUUUUGGAUAAACUAAGUUAUGAAAAAGCGCAUAUGAUAGCUAAUACUGAUGAAAAUAAGGAAAUCACGUGGAAUGAUAUUGAUAUAGAAGCAGAAAGUGAAAUUGAUACAGCAUCAGUAUCGGUAUUAGAGUCAGAAUUACCCGAAUCAACAGAAGAAAGUGUACAAUUAAUUGAUAAUACUUCUUCAAAAA